UACACUAAUGGCUUCCCCUCACAAAGUCUUGCUCUCUCUCCUUUCCAUCACACUCUUCUCCUUCUCCGUUUCACCAGUCUCAUCUCAGCAUGAACACCCGCUUGAUCCCUUAUCGCCAGUGGAAUUCUCUCUGAUUCGAGAUGCGGUGAAGAGAUCGUAUGGGGCAUCGGGUGAAAACGUGACAUUCCAAUAUGUGGGUCUGGACGAGCCAGAUAAAUCUCUUGUUCACUCGUGGAUGUCGAGCCAAGCUAGCAAAAAACCUCCUCCUCGUCGAGCCUCCGUGGUCGUGCGGCUCCACGGGCAAACUCAUGAGCUGGUCGUGGACUUAUCGAGCCAUCAACCAUCAAUCGUCUCCAAGGAGGUGUACCAUGGACAUGGCUUCCCUAUGCUCACAAUAGAGGAGCAAACAGAUGCGAUCGAGCUACCUCGUACACAUGAUGAAUUCAUACAGUCCAUCAAAAACAGAGGCCUCGACAUGUCAAGCGUUGUGUGCUCAACUUUCGCGGUCGGGUGGUACGGAGAGCUGAGAAGCAGGAGGGUCGUGAAGGUCCUUGCUUUCUACACAAACGGCACGGUCAACUUCUACAUGAGACCCAUCGAAGGCAUAGUCGUGGUGGUCGACUUGGAUCUGAUGAAGAUAGUGAAGUAUCACGACCGGUUCGCGACAACUGUGCCGACAGCUGAGGACACCGAGUACCGUCUGGAGAAGCAAAACCCUCCCUUCGGACCACAUCUGAGGGGCGCGGCCAUCGUGCAACCUCAUGGACUGGGCUUCGACAUCAAGGGACAUACUAUCAGCUGGGCCAAUUGGAAGCUCCAUCUAGGGUUCGACGUCCGAGUCGGUCCGAUCAUCUCGCUAGCAUCGAUCUACGAUCUCGAGAAGGAUAAAUAUCGACAGGUACUAUAUAGAGCCUAUGUGUCCGAGGUCUUCGUGCCCUAUAUGGACCCAACUGAAGAAUGGUACUACAAGAUCUACUUCGACAGUGGAGAAUACGGGUUCGGAUUGUCCGCCGUGUCACUCCAGCCGAGGGUAGACUGCCCCGAUAAUGCGGUAUUCGUGGACGGAUUUUUUGCGGGCCAAAAUGGUAGCGCAGUACAGAUACCGAAUGUAACUUGUGUGUUUGAAAAGUAUGCAGGAAAUAUCAUGUGGCGUCAUACUGAGGUUGGAAUUCCGGAUGUGAAGAUUAAUGAGGUUAGAUCAGACGUGAGCCUGGUGGUGAGAUCAGUAUCUACGGUUGGCAACUACGAUUACAUUCUUGAUUGGGAGUUCAAGCCAAGUGGAGCCAUCAAAUUCGAGGUCGGACUGACUGGAGUACUAGAAGUCAAAGCAGUGAACUACACUCACGCAAGUCAGAUAAAAGAGGAUGAAUACGGCACGAUGGUCGGAGCAAACACCAUCGCUACGCACCACGACCACUUCUUCACCUACCACCUCGACCUCGACGUCGAUGGUGCUCCAAACUCCUUCGUCAAGACCAAUUUGAUCACGAAACCAGUGGCCGAGGAAGGAGUGCCGAGGAAGAGUUACUGGACCGUGUCGAGCAAGACGGCGAGAACUGAGUCGGAGGCGCAGCUGCACUUGGGAUUGGAGCCAUGUGAUCUCAUCGUGGUCAACCCCAACAAGCAAACCAAAGUCGGGAACAACGUCGGGUACCGCCUCAUCCCCGGGCCGAUCGCCAGCCCCAUUCUGUUCCGAGAUGAUUACCCGCAGAUCCGCGCCGCUUUCACCAACAACAACUUGUGGGUGACUCCGUACAACAAGAGCGAAAAAUGGGCCAGUGGCCGAUACGUCGAUCAAAGCCGAGGGGAUGAUACAUUGGCUGUUUGGACCAAGAGGAACAGGAAGAUUGAGAAUGAGGACAUUGUGUUGUGGUACACGCUGGGCUUUCAUCACGUCCCUUACCAAGAGGACUUCCCGAUAAUGCCAACGCUGAGUGGAGGUUUUGAGCUCCGGCCGACCAACUUCUUCAACAGAAACCCAAUGCUCAAAACGAAAUCCCCAGAACCUGUCAUCCCGAGCUGCAAGCCCUAGAGAUGAUCUUUCCUAGAAAUGGAGUGAUGGACGUUCCUACAAGGAAAUACUUAUGAUACUCGAACUUAUGCCUUAUCGGAGCGUGUUAUCCCAUUUUUAAGUUGGUUUAUUCUACAACAGCAAAUACUAGUCAUAAUAUGGGUUUCAAUGAAGAAAGUUUAGUUAUUAAUAAAGCUGGUACUACUAUGAAAAAAUUAAAAUCUCGAGCUCGAGGGCGGAGUUAUGCAAUAAAAAAACCCAUUGUCAUAUAAGGAUUGUAUUGAAAGAUAAAUCUUUAUAUGAAGAAGAAGAUUUCUUUUGCUUAGAAAAA